UCCUGCUUUAGUCCCUUCAUCUAGAGAUGUGGCCGAUGGCGGGUCCAGGGUUCCCACCGGAUCCAUUUUCCCGAUGCCUCAUGAUCAAGAGCAGCUCUCCAAGUCUCUCUAGGGGAGGGGAGGUGAAGCUUGUUCUGCUGCUGAGCUGAACGGACUGUGUGCAGGACAGAGGGAGAUGGACAGCUGUGUGGCUCUCAUUCUUCUGUCCUCUACAAUCUCAUUCACCACAGCUGUCAGUGUGAGGUUGGUGGAUGGUGGCAGUCGCUGUGAAGGGAGAGUGGAGGUCUAUCGUGAUGAUCAGUGGGGAACAGUGUGUGGUUAUGACUGGGAUAUGACAGAUGCUGCAGUGGUGUGUAGAGAGCUGGACUGUGGAGAGGCUCAGAAUAUUCCUCAGUUUGGUCCAGGAUCAGGACCAAUAUUGAUGGGAUUAGUGCAGUGUCGUGGAUCAGAGUCUACACUGAACAGCUGUGAUUUUUAUUCAUAUUAUGAACAGUACUGUACUUCUCAUGAUCAAGAUGCUGGAGUCACCUGCUCAGGUCUCAUCUCCAGAUUUGCUGAUGGUCCUCAUCUCUGCUCUGGGAGAGUGGAGGUGUUGCGUGGAGGGACCUGGUCCACAGUGUGUGAUGCUGGCUUUGACCAGAUGGAUGCAGAGGUUGUGUGUCGAGAGCUGGGCUGUGGGCUGUCACACUCAGGCUCGGCUGGUGAGUGGCUCUGA